GCGAGGGGGGGGUUAAAGGCCCCCAAAAUAUGCAUAUGUGAAAAGGUCAAAAAGUAACCGUCAGUGACAGGGAGUCUUAACUAGAGAAGGAAACAGGACCAAACUGGCGGGCUCGGUGAAAACACAGCCGGCAACGUCCCGGACGAGGAGGCAGCUUUCCUUGUGUUUGAGUGACAGCUUCCCAAAAAUUUGUGUUCCUAUGCAUAAAGAUGUCUUUGGUGGACUUGGGGAAGAGGUUGCUAGAAGCAGCAAGAAAAGGCCAAGAUGAUGAAGUGAGAACAUUGAUGGCAAAUGGUGCCCCAUUCACCACAGACUGGCUUGGAACAUCACCCCUCCACCUUGCAGCCCAGUAUGGUCAUUAUUCCACAGCAGAAGUGCUCCUUCGAGCAGGCGUUAGCAGGGAUGCCCGGACCAAAGUGGACAGGACCCCCUUGCACAUGGCUGCAGCUGAUGGACAUGCACACAUCGUGGAACUACUUGUUAGGAAUGGUGCAGAUGUGAAUGCCAAGGACAUGCUGAAGAUGACAGCUUUGCACUGGGCCACAGAGCACCACCAUCGAGAUGUUGUAGAGCUACUUAUCAAAUAUGGAGCUGAUGUCCAUGCUUUCAGCAAGUUUGAUAAAUCUGCCUUUGACAUAGCCCUGGAGAAAAACAAUGCUGAGAUUCUGGUCAUCCUUCAGGAAGCAAUGCAGAAUCAGGUGAAUGCUAAUCCUGAGAGAGCCAACCCUGUGACUAUGGGUACCCCAUUCAUCUUCACGUCAGGAGAAGUUGUCAACCUCGCAAGCCUUGUUUCUUCAGCCAGCACCAAAACAACCUCAGGUGACCCCCAUGCCUCCUCAACAGUACACUUCUCAAAUUCUACCACCUCAGUGCUGGCCACCCUUGCAGCUCUUGCUGAGGCAUCAGCCCCCCUCUGCAACUCACACAGAGCCACAGCUAAUUCAGAGGAAAUCAUAGAAGGAAAUUCUGUUGACUCAUCAAUCCAGCAAGUGGUGGGGAGUGGAGGCCAGAGGGUCAUCACCAUAGUGACUGAUGGAGUCCCUCUGGGUAAUAUCCAAACUGCAAUCCCUACUGGAGGCAUUGGCCAGCCAUUUAUUGUAACUAUGCAAGAUGGACAGCAAGUUUUAACUGUACCUGCUGGUCAGGUUGCAGAGGAGACUGUCAUUGAAGAAGAGGCAGAAGAAGCAGAGAAAUUGCCACUGACUAAGAAACCAAGGAUAGAAGAGAUGACAGACAGUGUGGAGGAAAGCAAGGAAGGCACUGAAAGAGAGCUACUUCAGCAGCAACUCCAGGAGGCUAAUCGAAGAGCCCAGGAAUACCGACACCAGCUCCUAAAGAAAGAGCAGGAGGCAGAACAGUACCGCCUCAAGCUAGAGGCCAUGGCCCGACAACAGCCCAAUGGAGUUGAUUUCACCAUGGUUGAAGAGGUGGCUGAGGUAGAUGCUGUAGUAGUUACAGAGGGGGAGAUGGAGGAGAGAGAGACAGAAGUGACUGGGGCAGUAGGGACCACAGAGCCUCAUACUGGAGUUUCCAUGGAAACUGUUUCAACUUAAUGUGCAAGGGCCACAGCUUGUGCUGUGCCUAUCUUUUUCCUCUUUUUAAAAGAAAAUACAAAGGACAAACAUUGUAUAAAAAUUAAGAAUGUCCUAAAGAAGAAAACUAUAGCAGGGUACAGAGUUUGGGCUCAGGAAGGCUCUCUAUGCAACUGGAAAAUUCAAAGCCAAAUUUAGGGAACAAGUCUUCUGAGGGACCAAAAGAAUAAGGACCAAAUUUCUCAGCUCACUUCAUUGCUUGAAGCAUAGAGGUAAAAGAAUGCUGGAUGUUGCAGAUUGAUUGUUUUUUAAAUAACUGACUUUCUAUGAAAAGAUUUUAAAAUAAUAUUCCUAAUAUGGACACACCCAGAGCCUUUAAUAUUAUAGUUGUACCAUCAAGUGACCUGAAACUGCCUUAGAUUUAUGAUGUGUACCUGUUAGAGGAGAAACCUAAUUGGAAGGAGGGAUUAGAUGCAAGUUCUGGGGAAGAGAAAGAAAUAUAUUCCACUUCCAAAGGAGCAGGCAGGCACUCCCCACUAUCCUGAGUUAAUUUCACUGAAAAGAAAUGUGUGAUUGCCUGACUAAAUUUGCAUCCAUUGUGUGUCCAUAGCUCAGAUGCCAGUUUAAGAAACUGAAAUAGAAUUUUUAAAAACUGGAAAGGAGAGAAGUGUAUAUAAAUCCAAAAUCCUCCAGGCUGUGCCUCUACAAUGCUGGAAAGUGGCCAGAAAGAGGCUCAUGGGGUUAGGAAACAAUCUGGUCCUGAGAUACCAACUUUGCUCUGGCUGGAUUUUAUGAAAUCGCAAUCCGGAGGGUAGUCUGUUGUCAGAACAACUUGCUUCCAACCAUUUAUUUAUGUAAUACCAAGCUUUAAUAUCAACUUUCUAAUUUCAUAAAACUUUGUUGAGUUUUCUAAGUGUGCCUUUCUGUGGAACUUACAUGGUAUCCUCUCAUAUGCAAGAAAAGACAGGGGGAGAGAUGAAUGCUGAGGAUGUUGUAUAGCUUUCUCCAUCUGAUUUGGGUUGAGUAAAUUGCUCUAUUUCCUUAA